AUGAGGUGGUGGCAACUGCUUUUCUUCCUACUUUCGCCUGUUUAUACAUGUUUACUGGAAAAUGGAAUGAACUCCGUAUAUCUUUCUGUCUUCGAGGAUCUAGAGCCAGGAAAAAUUGUGGGUGAAUUGCCGAUCAAAGGAACUGUUAAUGGAGAGAAGCCUGAUUUAUCGUUGAAACUCAUCAAGGGUAAAGAUUUGGUGGAUAUCGAACCUGGAACGAAAAAGCUUAAACUGAAAGCCCCAUUGGAUCGUGAUGAGGGUUCAACUCGUUUUGAAGCUGUUGUUGAAUGUAAAUCAUCAGAUUUGGAUGCGGAUUUUAAUCAGUUAAACAUAAGCGUCUUUGUGACUGUCAAAGAUGUCAACGAUAAUGCUCCUGAAUUUGAUGCCGAAGAAUAUAAUAUCACGAUAAAAGAAGAAUUGCCAAUAGGUACUAUCGUGUUCGCUGAUUUUGAGGCAACUGACAGAGAUCAACCUGGGCCCAAUAGCUUCAUUCAAUACUCUAUAGUUAAUGGAGAAUAUUCCGAUCUUCUUGAGAUUUCAGAUCCAUUCAAACCAGUAGUUACAAUUAAGAAUCGAAUAGAUUAUGAGAAGAUUAAAGAAUUCGAAGUAGAAAUAGAAGCGAGAGAUCAAGGCGAGCCAAGCCAAUUCUCGAGAGUUCCUCUCCGGGUAACAGUUGAGAAUGUCAAUGAUCUCAAUCCAUACUUUUCGCAAAAACUGUAUAAAUCUUCCAAAAUUAAGGAUGGUCAAUUAGUUUUGCAACCCGAACCUAUUCAGGUUUACGAUGCCGAUGAUUUAGGAGCCAACAUAGAGUUCUCAUUAGAAGGAGAAGGAAGUUCCUUCUUCACAAUUGACAAACGAGGUGUUAUACUGGUAGCUAAAGAAAAUCCCCCUUCUCAUAUAACACUAUUUGUGAAUGCUGUUGAGAGUGAUAACAAAGAGAGAAAUGCCACUACAAUUGUCCUAGUUAACUUGGAGAACUCAAUCCGUUUUGAGCAUCAGAUGUACUCCACAAAGAUUUCACAAGGAACAGCUCCUAGAAACGUCAUAAUGGUGGUCAAAGCUGUCAAUACUGAGAUGGCCGACGAUUUGAUCGUCUAUUCACUGAAGGAUUCAGCCCAUGACAUUCCUCUGUCCAUAGAUGUUCAAACAGGAGAGAUUACUAUUGUUGGUCAUAUUAAUGAUAUUGGAAAGUAUGCCGUGAACGUAACUGCAACUAGUAGUUCAACAGGCGAAAGUACAUUGGUUCCAUUUUUAUUAACCGUUGAAGAAGAUUCUCAAUUGCCUACAAUUUCUCCCAUUGCUUCGUCCUGUCCACCGGCGAUCAUCAUCUCUAAUGAAUCGACGAUCAGUUUUGAAAAAUCAGAGUUCAUAAUGGCCAUGUCAACAAGCAAUAAUUUACCUGUCCUUGGGCAUAUCAAGUUAUCACCGGAGAGUAGCAAAGUUUCCAAAUAUAAUCUAUUGAACUUAAAUAAAGAUUUCUCCGUUGAUGAGAGAGGAGUUGUCCGCUUGAAGUCAGGUGCUCGUCCAGUUUGUUCAACAUGUGAAUUGAUAGUUCAAGCAUCAGAUGAAGCUGGAUCAAUAGCUUUAACAAAAGUUAUAAUCAAGAACACUUUAUACUCCAUAUCAACAAGUUCUGUACUUACGGUUCUUAAUCUGACACUGCUCGCACUCAUCUUCUCUAUCCUUCUCAUUCUUAUUUUCAAGAGAAUGCAUUAUGCAUGGCGAAGUCAUAAACGAACAAGCAUUUGCUGGAUGAACAGCACGAACGAUACAGGAAUAACAAUCACAGGCACAAUGCCAACGCCAAGCCGAUAUGUGGUGAACAGCGAGAAAGAAAGAGCCUUCGAAACAACUAAAUCACCUGCGCCAAAAAGAGCUCAAGGAGCUCACUUAGUGCCUGUUACUGUCACUAAUCAAGAUGGAGCUCCUACAGUCUAUUUUUAA